AUGCCACAAAGAUGGCUAAUAGUUGGUGCCUCUCGAGGUCUUGGUAUCGAAUUUGUAUCCCAACUUCUCCUACGAGGGGACAUUGUUAUCGCCACAGUUCGAGCACCAUCAGCGACAGCUCCUCCACAAGAAACUGGGGAUGCCAGUCGACUGUGGUCUUUGACGGGAGGUCCAAAUGGCUCAAACUUGAGCAUACUAGAGUGCAAUUUGGACAACGAGUCUAGUAUCCGGACAUUUCGAGAAGAGGUUUGGAAGCUAGGAAGAAUGGGUCGAGUAUUAGAAAAAGGGAUUAUUGAUUGUGCCGUGAUUAAUCCAGGGCGACUGAGCUGUUUAGAGCAGAUCUCUGAGAUUACUUUCUCUGCUUUUACCUAUCUUCUUCAUAAUAUUGUUGUCGGACCUCUGGUAACAGCUCAGCACCUUCUCAGUCUUUCUUCACCACCAAAUUUCUACAACCCAGGCCGGUUCAUCGGCUCCAUAUCUACGGCAUUGAUUCAAAUCCGUACCUUGGUGUUUCUCGAUAGCGAUUUUGGUCUGUCCAAGUAUCCUUCGAUUUUGCAGGGUGGGUGUGCGGUUUAUGCAACCUGUAGAGCUGCGUUAAUUCAAGGACUCAAGCACUUGGUAGUGGAGAAGCAUAAAAAAACACUACGAGAAGGGCUUAAGAUUCCAAUCGUUUUAGUGAUUCACCCAAUUGAAGUACCAACGGCAGAGACUUUUCAUAGAGAUAAUCAAGAAGAGAGAAUGCCAAGUAUAUUUUCAGCACAGGAAAUUACACGUUCAAUGCUAAGGAUUAUCAAAGAGAAGGGUUGUGGUGGUGUCGACGAAGGUGGCUGGAUGACGGCCGAAAAAGAAGGAAAAAUGGUGCAAAAUGGAGAAGCGUCGUUUUGGACGUGGCAAGGGAAAAGGAAAUGGUGGUGA